AUGGGCGGCGGCGGCGGGCGCGGCCCCGCUCGCACGCAGCCCGGGCGCCUCCUGCGAGCGGAGACAGCGCGGUUAGCGGCGAGCCCCGCGAGAGGCGCUCCCGACGCAGAGCGUGUUUCUGGCGAUCCCGCUUCGGAACUUCCCAGCAUCCAGAGGAGGGACCCGCGGCGAGAGAUCACCUCCCGGCGGAGCGGGGGAGGGACAUCUCCUCCCCCCCGCCGCCCAGCCUGUCCCCGGCUCCUCUCCACCGGGUCUCGGCGGAGGCGGCAGCCCGAGAAGGUGGUCUCGUUUUAUCGCAAAGGCGAACCCGCUUAUGCCCCGCUCCCUCGGCUGGGGCAGGCGAGCCCGGCCGGCACCUCUGAGAGGGAAGAGAUCGUGGGGGAGAACCGUGCACGUAAAGGAAAAAAUCCCUUUCAUGACCAAGGAAGGAGGCAACCAUGUUUUUACAGUCCUGCAAAGCGCCUGUUGCUAGAAAUUAUUUUCACUUUGUUCCUGAAAAGUAUGCCAAGUUUACUGGUAUUUGCUGGUGAUGUUACAUAUAGAAUGAGGUGUGGCAGGAGGGAACAUGAGCUUUCUGGUGACAGCAGGGACCUGCUCCAGAAGUCUCAACUGGGGCAUCUCUGAACUGGAGACUCGGGACCAGCGACUGAAAUGGUUUAGAAAAGACUAAUUAUGUGUGUGAGUUGCUGUAUGUAUAAGCCUGUGCCAGACUCAUUCAGACUCGUUACCCUGAACAGACAAAGGUAAUCUAAGAUCAGGUCAUCUCUAAAAAUGCUGUGGGUUCACACUAGUUGAUUUCAGAGGGCAAGCUUGUAUUUCUAAAUUUAAAAAAAGUCCCUGAUGUCAAGAAGGACUUAUACUGGGAACGUAAGAGGAAUAUAUAUGGCUUAUAUUCACAAUAGCUGGGCUAGUUCCCUCUAGAGCAGACUCCCACGCUCACAUCCCACAGUCCUCCUUGGACUCUUUCUGGUGCCCCUCUAGACGCAACAUGCAAUUCUGAUUUUUCUGUGUUAUCUUUCCGUUUGAAUUUUGUGAAAUGAUGUAAAACUGUCCUGCAGCCUGUGAGAAGGAUGCUUUCCUAGAAUCAAAGUGAUGGUACGUGUUCUGUGUUUUGGGAUGCAGUAAGGUUUGAGGGUGCAGCCAGCUUGGGUGGUUCAGAAGACCAUGUCUUGUGAAGUCAAGCAAGAAGUGACCUUGGGAGUGGUGCUUGGUGCUGUCCCUGCAGCACUGGGAAGCCAUUGCUUUCAGAAGGGCUUGUGGAACAGGGGGAGGCAAUGAUGAGGUGUGGGAGCAGCAGCAGAGUUCUGAGCUUGCUCCCAGACUGCCACAGCAACAAGUGCCAAGAGGGAUCCUGAACAUCUCCCUGCUGCCAGCGCCACCUUGGGUGUGGUAAAGCCCAAGGUCCCAGCUUCACCUGCCAGAGUUGCACAGGUAUUUUCACUGCAGAAAAAAUGCAGCACUGUUAAAGAAAUACAAGGCUUUUCCUGCAUAAUUUGCACGAAGUCAUGAGUUAAAACCUUGGUUGUAUUGAAACAAAAUACUCACCCAGUUCUAACAGUUCAAGCUUUUUUCCCUGGACUGGACAAGGCCUGACUAAGCACUGUGCAGGUACGAACUGCUGCUGCUCUUCUCUUCACAGGCCACUGUGUCACCUUUCAACCUUACCAGUGGCCUCUUUGGGCUCACUUCAAAUCCUUCUCCAACAAAUACGGCCAUAAAAAGUCAGUGAACUGUAACCCCAUGCAGCCAACACACAGCACACUUCUUUCAGUAUUUUAAUACAAAUAUAUGCUCUAGAAAGGGAAUUUCUCUGUCAUUUUUCUUACCUCUGCUUAUGGUGAAUGUCCCAUGAAUUUUUUUUGUUCUGUAUUUCUACUCUGGAUAGGAUAUCCUUUUUUCUUAAUCUAGUUCUAAAUUUUGUGGAACUCGCUACCACUGUUACUCCAUCACUAAUGCCAGGAUUUUAACUGUAGGAAAAAUGGCAUGGGGGAAAAGGGAACUCUGUAAACACCUACUCUUGGAAAAUAAAAAAUGAACCCAUACUGAAACGAGUCAGUAUUAAAAAUUACAAAAUAAAUUUUAAAAAGGAUAUGAAGCCUUAUGUUACUUAUACCAACUGACCAAAUGUUAACUGAUUAAGGGUCAAGGAAAUAUUUUUCCUAGCAUUUGUUUAUUACUCAAUAGAAAUCAUCGGUUUGGUUUAACAAAAGCAAAGGCGAAGACCACUCCUGCAGCACAGAUCUGAUGCAGUGUAACUCCUAUAGACGCUGACUUUAGAAAAACAGUACUUAGCAUAUAAUUUUUUUUUAAACAAAUCAAACAUAUUUGAAUGAGAAACUAGCACUGUUUAAGACAAGAAACUUCAGGAGUGUUUAAAAAACUUGGUGGUAAUGACUAGGAGUGUUUAAGAAACACUAAUCUUUGCAUGAAACUAUUAAGCUCUGUUUUGUUACCAUUAGUCAGUAGGAAAUACAUGCUUGUACAGGAAGGUCAUGCUUCAAUAGUUUAAUCUCUUACUUAGGUUAAUUUUUAUUCAGCAUGGUAAUGGCUUAGUGCAAUAACUUUUCACUGUUCAUUUAAUUUUUCUCUGUAAAUUUUAUGGUCUACAUUUUGUUAGUUUUAGCAGAAGAGAUGUUAAAAAACAGUUCUUGCAGAUUUUUUUUUUAAAUCAUCUCACAUUUUGCUGGUCGGGAGAUCCUUUUGCUGAGGAAUUAAACUUUAGUAGCAGUCAAAACCGGUCUUAUUUAAAAAGGUAAACUGCCUCUGACCUGACACUGUUUUUCAUCUUGACAAGCAGUAAAGCUGAAUAUAAGCACAACUUUUUUCUGUAUUUAUGUUUCAUAAAGAUCAGUUGGCAAAGCUUCCUUAGUUCUAUUGGCUGUGCCAACAUCUUGUGUUGUCUCUCUACACAACGAAAAACUUUGUGAUACAUUGAUUAUCACUUCUCACCUAGAUCAUGACCCUUAAUAAAGUGGCAUGCCAGGCCAUAAACUUCUACUCCUCCUGAAGCCAUGAGAUGCAAAAUUGCUGACCAAACAUGCUAUUUAGUUCAUGCAGUUUCCACAUACCACCCACUGUCUGAUCUGCAGUGUUCCGACAGCUGUAGUUAUACACAGUGAACUAACAUUCUGUAUCACUUGUAUUUAAAGUUUCAGAUAAUUCCGUCCAAAUUUCCCAGUAAAUCAUAAUUUAUCAUGUUUGUUUUUGUAGAAGUACCUAAAGAUAACAGUUGAAAUCAGACUCAUUUUAUAAGAGGUGCCAGAAAGAUACACAGCUAACUAUCUUAUUUCUCCAAACAGAUUAUUUUUUGUAUAAGAGAGUUGAUUAAAUACAAGAUUUAAAUCCCAUACACAGUGUACAUUUGCAAAUUGUGUGUGAAUUACUCUAUAUAGAAAACCAAGAGCUCCUAUAUAGAGACUACUUGAAGGCUAGCAGAAACACCAAAAAUAUUUUUAUCUGAAUUUUAAGAAUAUUUUGCCUAGAUGCGCUCCUAAAUUUAAAGGGGGGAAAAAAAAAACAAAGAGAGAGAGAGAGAGAGAGAGAGAGAAAGGCCCCAAUAUAGACAUCUGAAUCUCAUCUUCAUCCUCCUUUCACAGAAAAAGAAAACGCACCUCUAGAGAACAAUUGUGUGACAUAUUCUGGACAAUAAAACAUUAAAAUAAGAUCAACAGCCUUGUGCAUGUACUUUUUCUCUACUGA